UCUUUUCCCUUUCAAAAAGUCCUGCGCAUCACUGUCUCCUCUUGAAGUUCUCAUCUUGGGUCACGUAGCAUGCAUGGUUUUACCCUCAAGAUAUAUAUCUAUAUAUAUAAUAUACAUACACACAGGAUAGCUGUCCACCAUAUCCAUGCAUUUCAACCAGUCAGAGCCUCAGAGGCAAGGGAUCUGCCUAAUGGCGGAGACGGUCGGUUCCGUGGUUGUCCAGGAGGCAGUUGGCCAGAUCCUAUCUGGUCUGGUUCAGAGGUACGCGGAGUCAAAUGCAAGCAGAAACCUUGAGAGGUUAGAGAUGGCGCAAAUCAGGCUGGAGGCUGCUCUUGAGACGUCAGAGAAGUGGCAGAUCACAGACACAUCCUUGCUGCAUUGGCGCAGGAAGCUGAAGCGCGCUGCUCAGGAGUGCGACGACACGCUCCGCGAAUGCAAGCGUAGAAUCCGAGAAGAAGAAGAGACGGAACAGGAGGUGAGAAAUUCCGCCUUUCCCAAGAGGAUAGCACAUGCUGCCAAGUCAUUUGUCCUGUCUUCUUUCCGCCGCGACGGCAAUGAGCUGAGUAGGUCCGCUGUUCAAAGGUUCGAGUGGUUUGCAGAUGGCGCCAGUGAGUUUGUUCGGUUUGUUAGGUUUGGAGGCACGCCCCAGCAACGCAUGGCCUUCAACUCCCUCAUCAAGCACCUUCUCGCAGGCAAGAAACUGCAGCACAAGGUUGCUCGCGGGCAUGGCGUUGGCGGCUCUUUGUUUCUACUAUGCUUGGCACCAGUCACGACAACGGAGCACGGAGUUGAAGGUCGGUUGCUGUUUCUUCACAAGGACAGCAACGCACCGGAGGAUGACUUCGUGCUUAUCGUGAUGCUGCAGCUUUCAGAAAGCACGGACAUAGUUGGGAUCAUAAUCAAGUGCCUGCAGCUGUUUACACCGAAUUUCAAAUCCGUAGUUGAGACCAUCGAGAGAGAGCUCACUCAACUGCCAACCCAGGACCUGUCAUGGGUGCCAUGCAUUGAUUCAUGGCAGAUAAAACACUGGAACAAUCUCCAUCGCUUCAGUAGCCUAUGGUUUCGCCCGAACCCAUUGUGCUGCAAGCAGCACGACCAGCACAAGCUCUGUCGUAGUAGCAAGCUGUACACAUCAGGGUCGCUAGAUGUUUGUCUGGAACCAGUCAUUGAUGUGUUUCUGCAGGGACAGGUCUCGCUUUCCGGAUACAACAAGCAUUGGACCUCGUUGUCUGAAUCUGGAUGCACUUCUCUGAAGAAUAACUCAACGUAUCUGAAAGUUGGAAUUGCCUUCACACCCCACAGCUCAUUGCAAGACACGCUGCCUGCAGAUUCAAGCUCUGCGAUAGCAGCGGUCGAGGGUGAAGAGCAGCAUUUCUUGCAUAGAAAUAUUACCUUGGAAGAGCUAGAAGAGAUCAUGCUACCCAAGGCGGUAGGUUACUUCCGCCAGAACGCCAAAGCGACAGUCUACCAGAUGCUCUGGAAGUCUGCGCAUGGUGCUGCAUACAUUCAGGUUGAGAAGGCAAGCAUCAGAACACUGAGAACAAGCGCGCGAGCAUUUCAGAGAGCUAGGAAAGGGAAGAUGGUGCAAGAGCAUGAUCGUGGGAUAGGGAGGCAGACAGAUGUGGUCUAUCGGUUCCUCAACCUGUGGGUUGCACACGCGCCCGUCCAGCUGCGAGGCUCGAUCGUUGAAUGGAUUCAGAAGGAAAAGGAAGGUCUAUUAGCAGCGCCGUAGCUGCAUGUGUCCUAAAUUCUAAAUCAUGUGUAACCAUGAAUGGACAAGGAAAUUGAUGAAUACAUGUCAGGAAAUGAAAUGUUCUUGGUUGUGUA